UUUACAAUUUCUUAGUUACUUUGAUUUGCUCAUUAUCUGUGUUAUUUUCUACAUAACUCAUGUUUCGUGCGCUCUGUUUACUUGUAUUUCUGCCAUCAAAUCUCUGAACCUUAUUUGGUUCCUGAGAACAGUGGCAACGAGGAGUACGCGCGCGCGCCAAACUGAGGCCCUUGGCGGAGGGAGGAGGGAGGCGGCCCCGCCCCCACCACUUUGGCGGCAGGAUGAGCGAGAUCUGGAUACAGUGUUUCUCUUGUUGCGUUACCGAUGAACCUCCGCCCAAAAGAAGACAUCGAAUUGAUAGAUCGAUGAUUGGUAGUCCUACAAACUUUAGGCAUACAGCUCAUGUUGGUUCAGGUGAUAUGAAUGUUCAUCUAAACUCCCUACAACAUCAGAUGGCAUCCAAAGGAGGAUAUGAAUAUGCUAUUCCUGUGAAUGUCCAAAUUCCUGUUGUUGAUGUAAAAAAUUGAAAGUGGUCUUUCAAAUACAUUGUAAAUAUCUCUACCUUGGACCACCAGGUGUAGUAGUUUGUGACACCAUGUCAUU